GGCCGGCGCGAUGCGGCAGCUGUGCCGGGGCCGCGUGCUGGGCAUCUCUGUGGCUAUCGCGCACGGGGUCUUCUCCGGCUCUCUCAACAUCCUGCUUAAGUUCCUCAUCAGCCGCUACCAGUUCUCCUUCCUGACCCUGGUGCAGUGCCUGACCAGCUCCACCGCGGCGCUGAGCCUGGAGCUGCUGCGGCGCCUGGGGCUCAUCGCCGUGCCCCCCUUCGGCCUGAGCCUGGCUCGCUCCUUCGCGGGGGUCGCGGUGCUCUCCACGCUGCAGUCCAGCCUCACUCUCUGGUCGCUGCGCGGCCUCAGCCUGCCCAUGUACGUGGUCUUCAAGCGCUGCCUGCCCCUAGUCACCAUGCUCAUCGGCGUGCUGGUGCUCAAGAACGGCGCGCCCUCGCCAGGGGUGCUGGCGGCCGUGCUCAUCACCACCUGCGGCGCCGCCCUGGCAGGAGCUGGUGACCUGACAGGCGACCCCGUUGGGUACGUAACGGGCGUGCUGGCGGUGUUGGUGCACGCAGCCUACCUGGUGCUGAUCCAGAAGGCGAGCGCAGACACGGAACACGGGCCUCUCACCGCACAGUAUGUCAUUGCGGUCUCCGCCACCCCUCUGCUGGUCAUCUUCUCAUUCGCCAGCACCGACUCCAUCCACGCCUGGACUUUCCCAGGUUGGAAGGACCCGGCUAUGGUUUCCAUCUUCGUGGCCUGUAUCCUGAUCGGCUGUGCCAUGAACUUCACCACACUGCACUGUACCUACAUCAACUCCGCGGUGACCACCAGCUUCGUGGGCGUGGUGAAGAGUAUAGCCACUAUCACGGUGGGCAUGGUGGCCUUCAGCGACGUGGAGCCCACCUCUCUGUUUAUUGCUGGAGUCGUGGUGAACACCCUGGGCUCCAUCAUUUACUGCGUGGCUAAAUUCGUGGAGACCAGAAGGCAAAGCAACUAUGAGAAUUUGGAAUCUCAGGCAGCGGGAGAGGAAUCACAGCCAAGCGGGGACCAGCUGCCUUUUGCUAUGGAGGAGCUGCCCGCCGAGGGUGGAAAUAGCUGGCAAGAGGGUGCAGAAGGGGCAGGCGGCUCCGUACAGCAAGGUGGGCAAGAGUCAAGGGGCAGCCCCAAAGGGGUCUCCCUGGGAGCUGGGAGCUCAAGAAUAGAGGAGCAUUCCGAUGAAGUGGGUAGGAGAUCCCUGAAGGAUGCUUACUUGGAAGUGUGGAGGUUGGUUAGGGGAGCCAAGUAUAUGAAGAAGGAUUAUUUGAUAGAAAAUGAGGAGUUACCCAGUCCUUGAAAAAGAUAUGCAUGUAUGUACAUAUGUACAUACAGUUAUUUUGUAUGGUAGAAAUGUCUAAGGAGGGGCCUCCAGUUUUAUUCUGAAGAGCAGGGGAAGAGAAGCAAAGAUAAGCUGAA